CCCCCCCCACUCACUCACUCACACACACCCCCCCCCCCGGAGAUCCACCGGGGGGAGGGUCAACGGGCGCCGCACGACGAGAGGACAGGAAGGCCCCCGUCACAGGCUGUCCAGCGCGGCGCCGGAAUCCGGAGCGACGGUGGGGUGUUUUAACUGGAAUUCCAUUGAAACUUGCCAUGGUUCCUUCUUAGGGUGUGAAGGUUGGAACAGGGAAAGGAGAGUUGGAACAGGUGGGCUUGUCCCAGAAUUGGAAAGUGACACACAGGAGCGUUGUGAAAAAUGACGGUUCACAAUCUAUACAUCUUUGAUCGGAACGGAGUCUGCCUGCACUACAGUGAGUGGAAUCGGAAAAAACAUGCGGGCAUCUCAAGAGAACAAGAAUACCAGCUGAUGUACGGAAUGCUGUUCUCCAUCCGAUCCUUUGUCAACAAGAUGUCUCCUGUUGAUUUAAGAGAUGGUUUCCUGUCAUUUCAAACGAGCAAGUACAAGCUGCAUUACUAUGAGACGGCAACGGGACUUAAAAUUGUCAUGAACACUGACCUGGGCGUGGGCAACAUCAGGGACGUUCUCAGCCAGAUCUACAGCACCAUCUUCGUGGAGCUGGUGGUGAAGAACCCACUGUGCAAUCUGAACGAGCCGAUCCAGAGCGAGCUGUUCCGCACCAAGCUGGACAGUUUUGUCCGUGGGCUGCCCUUCUUCUCCGCACGUGCUGGCUGAGCCCAGACCAUGCUCCAUUUCUCAGCCUCAUUAGCCUAGAAGCAUGAAGUAAAACCACCUCAAGAGACUCUGGUGCUUCGACAGGAGGUCCUGACAGAGAACCUGCACCUCUGCCGGACCUUCAUCCCUUUCCCAUUCGAAUUCUGUUUCUUUCUGUUGUCUCCCUGGGUUUCUGCGCGGUGCUCCAGGGAGCCUGUGCUUGGCGGUGGGACUCCACUUGUCUUUGGUUGCUGAACUCAAGAGCCAUCUUCUGUCGCCUCCCUUCCACCUUUAAGUUAUGAAAUAAAACUGGCCAAAGGUA